AUGACGAAUCUUCGUCAUUUGGUGUUUCUUGAAAAGAAACUAGUAUCUGUCGAAAAUAAAGAUGGAACAAAUUUGAUGAUUGGCAGCAUCGUUGAUGUUGCUGGAGAUGACUACUUCAUGUUCUUGCUGGAAUCCUCCGGGAUAGUGUGGAUGUGUUAUAAGCCCUGGGUUAAAUUCGAUGACACAACUCACCUGAGGUUCGUGAACUUUAAAACCUUUGAAUUUGAAGCCACAAAUUUGUUUUAUUGUCCAUUAAAAAAGGUAUUGGUGGUAAUAGGACGAGAGCAAGAAUGUGACUCGAUGCUAAAAUUCAACAGUUAUGACUUGUCGAUGUUUAAUGAUACAUAUGACCAGGCACCUCAAUUCAUACAGUCAACUCCUUUGUUCCCUAAUUUGAAUGAGUUCCGACCAGAUAAUGUAAUUAAGGUCUCAAUUUCAGACUGUUGCUCGACCAUCGCAGUCUCAACUGAGUUCAGCGGGAUAUAUAUGUAUAGGAAUUAUAUCACUCAUUCAGAUGACCAGAAGUUAUGGAUAAUACCACCAAAUAAAGUGUUUAAGAUGUGUGCCAAGAACAUCCAUAUCCUAGACCUAGAGGGUUCACAGUACCUGUUUGUUACCACAGACUUUGAAGUCGUGUCAUAUAACCUUAGUGACAACAAAGUUGUAUACGUAGAGUCCUCGGAUGUUAAGUAUGAAGCUUCCUGCAAGCUAAAGCAAAAUUUAGUGGGAGUGUAUGUGCCUGGAAGGAUACUAAUAUACCAUAUACUACAAGGGAUGGUAAAGCAUAUAGAGACAAACACCAACGACAUAGACAGCACUAACAGUGGGAUCGAUAAUAUAAAAUUGCAUUGUUAUAAUGAAUACGUGGUGAAUUGCAAUGUGGAUAACAUUUUCGACAAUAACAACAUCAUACUCAUAAAUCUUUACUCGUACCUGCUGGAUAUCUCCUUUAUAGCAUACAGUUACUACAUCCCAAGGCUCAUACACAUUGUCCAGUUCAUGAAUAACCUUUAUCUGUUUACAACAAACAGUAACCUGAACAACCCAAGCGGUGUGUUCUCUAGUGUUUUGAUAUUUGAACUUAAGAAUAAGAAGCUGUACAAUAGAGUUGACAUCCUGAUAAAGAAGAGGUUAUUUGACUGGGCAAUCAAGCUCCUAAAGUUUGAAAACAGGUCAACCAACGAGAUAGAGCAGAUAUACAAAAUAUACGCAGACUGGCUGUAUAUGAAAAAUAAAUACAGCGAGUCGAUUUGUUACUACUCGAAGUGUAACAAUACAAUUGAGCCCUGUUACGUGAUACAACGUUUUCUGAUGUUGAACACCAAAACCUAUCUUUACACCUAUUUGUAUAACUAUCUAUACCACAUUAAAACUAACGAAAAGGCUUCAAUUGAUAACAACUAUUACAUCUUAACUAUACUCUUAUUGCAGUCACUGAAUAACAAUGAUACACAAAUGCUUGAAGAUGAGCCAAAAUCGCAAGGCAAUGAGGGCCAGGAAUUAGUGGUAGAAAAUGAACUACAUAGAUUUUUGUCUAAAUUUAGUAACAUAUACAAAAAGAGCAUCAAAGAAUCUAUCAUUCAGUGUAGAUAUAUAAAUAAGUAUGAAUUCGCAUGUGAAAUCGCCAAGCAUCAAGAUGACGAAGAAGAGUAUCUAAACAUACUCAUUGAAGACCUUAACCAAUUUGACAAGGCCUUCGAACUUUUACAGUCCGCUUCCCACUAUGUCAAAUAUAACAUAAUUAUUAAGCACUCUAAGCUACUAUUAAACUAUGAUUCAUCGAAACUUUUGAAACUGAUUGACGACAUUGUUAAUGAUAAUCAAAGGGAACCUAAUCAAGUACAAGAAAAUCCUAACAACAAUGAUAAGUCUUCAAAUUGUCAAUUAAAUAAUGGUUUCGAUAUAAACAGUGUAUUGAAUUUAUUUAUAUUGGAAAAUGACUUUUUGACAAAAUUGAUGGGACUGGUGAAAGAUAACAGUUCCCUACUCCUGUAUACUAUUAAGUUGAACAUUUUACUCCAACAGUAUAACAAAUAUAAACAAAGUUACAAUAGUCAAGACGACGGAUGUUCUAAUUCUGAGAAUGACACUUCACAUAAUAAUGUGGAUAAGAGUGCCUUAGUGGAAGAUAGCAUACUUAAGCUCCUUAACAGUAGUAGUAAUUACCACACUGAGUUGAUCGGCCUGGUGCUAUGUUUACUCUAUAAAUACAAGAGGGGCUCCAUAGUAAUAAGCAUAAAGAUGAGAUAUUACAACCUGCCGCUAAUUCUUUUGGACAAUGAGGAUGACAUAAUUAGUUUGUUGGACUACGUAUAUAACAACUACAUUGUAAUAAAGAAGCUGCUCUACAACGUUCAGAAAUUACUGAAAUUUCAGAAUAUCAUAAAGAUUUUUAACAAUUACCAGAGCAUUCAGUUUCAAUACCUCAACGACUACAUAAGGGGCGAAUUCAAAAAGAUCAAUGAUACGAUAAAUGAGUAUAAUAACGACAUAAUGCAGGAUAAGCUCGAAUACAUGAAUAUGAAGAAGAACUUGGUCGACCUGAACACGAAUUACAUCAUUAUCAAUAAUAUUAACUGUUCGUCGUGUGGGUUACACUUGGAAUAUCCUUCUAUACACUUCUAUUGUAAACACUCGUAUCACAUAUACUGCGUAACUCAAGAUAACACCUGCCCAAAGUGUACUUACAAUAUACCGGUAAGAUUCAAUUUAAUCAAACUUUUGUAG